AUGGAAGAAGGAAACCAAACUUCUGUGGCUGAAUUUAUCUUGCUGGGACUUUCACAGGAUCCAAAGAUCCAGAUCUUGCUGUUCUGUGUUUUCCUGAUAAUUUACCUUCUCUCUAUAUUUGGGAAUCUGCUCAUAAUAAUCCUUAUCCAAACUGACUCUCAACUUCACACUCCCAUGUACUUUUUCCUUAAAAACUUGUCCUUUGCCGACCUCUGUUUCUCUACAAGCAUUGUUCCUCAGAUGCUGGUCCACUUCCUUGUGAAAAAGAAAAGCAUUUCCUUUGCUGGAUGCUCACUACAGAUAGUUGUCUUCCUUCUAGCAGGGUGUACAGAGUGUGCACUGCUGGCGGUGAUGUCCUAUGACCGCUACGUGGCUGUCUGCAAGCCCCUGCACUACUCCACUAUUAUGACCCAGAGGGUUUGUGUCCAGCUGGCUACAGUGUCCUGGAUCAGUGGGGCAUUUGUAUGUUCAGUGGACAGUGCAUUUACACUGUGCCUCCCCUACCAGGGACAGAAUGUAGUUAAUCAUUAUUUUUGUGAACCUCCCGCGCUCCUGAAGCUGGCUUCAGCAGACACUUACAAGGCUGAGAUGGCCCUCUUUUCAAUGGGCAUGGUUAUCCUCUUGGCACCUGCCUCCCUCAUCCUGGUCUCCUACUGGCACAUUAUCUCCACUGUGAUUCGGAUGCAGUCAGGAGAGGGGAGGCACAAGUUGUUCUCUACCUGUGGGUCCCAUCUCACUGUUGUGGUUCUCUACUAUGGCUCUGGAAUAUUUGCCUACAUGAGACCCAAUUCCAAGACAAUGAAUGAAAAAGAUAAGGUCAUCUCUGUGUUCUAUUCAGUUAUGACUUCCAUGUUGAACCCCAUCAUUUACAGCCUGAGGAACAAGGAUGUUAAAGGGGCUUUCAGGAAGCUGUCUGGGAGAGAGUCCACCUUCAGAGGCAGUGACUUCUGA